UUGUGGGAAGCUUUGUUGAAUAAUUUACGUUAUCGGAGAGGAGAGGAAGGGGAAGGCUGCUCUCUCGGGAAGAAAUUGUCUAGGAGAUAUAUUUUUAUAAAAGCGUGCCUCUUUUCCGUUGGAAGAAGACCGGUUUCUGUCGCUCUUCAUGUGCGAUCUCCGAGAAGCAUUUAUUAAAUAUUUAUUCAAACAUUUAAAGUCGCAAAAUGAAAGGUGGUGUUCUAGAUCGUGUAAGGGGUCGAUCCCUGGAUGAUGAUGAAGAAGGAGAAAGUCUCAAAAGUCCUGUGGGACAGAAAGAGGAAGUGCGAUUAAAAAGGGAAGUAGGACUCCUCAGUGCUGUCUUUCUCAUUGUUGGAACUAUGAUAGGUUCUGGAAUUUUCAUAUCCCCGAAAGGAGUGCUUGUUCGAUCUGGGUCUGUGGGUGCAAGUCUCAUUGUAUGGGCUGGAUGCGGUCUCAUUUCACUUUUUGGUGCCCUCUGCUACGCUGAACUGGGUACCUCUAUACCUGUGUCUGGUGCUGAGUAUUCCUACUUCCUACACGUAUACGGUAAGAAAGGGAGGUUCGGUCCAGUGCCCGCCUUCCUCUACAUGUGGAUGUGUUCUAUCAUCAUAAAACCUGCCGCAGUAUCCAUCAUGUUGCUCACCUUCUCUGAAUAUAUAGUCACACCAUUUUUCCCAACUUGUUCCUCGCCUGACAUUGCCAAAAAACUCAUCGCCCUCGCUGCUAUAUUUUUCAUCACGUUCAUCAACUGUUACAGUGUGAAGCUGGCUACAAGAAUGAAUAAUUUUUUUACAGUUGCUAAACUCUCUGCCAUAGCUAUAGUUGUUCUAAUAGGAAUAUACAGAUUUUCCACGGGUCAUUACGAACACAUAAAUACUGGAUUUGCGGGAACAACAACCUCUUUCUCAGACUUAGCAACAGCUUUUUACUUUGGUCUCUGGGCUUACGAUGGAUGGAAUAACUUGAAUUUCGUUACUGAAGAGCUGAUCAAUGCAUCUGUGGGCUUUGCAAAUCGUAUGUUAGGACCAGUGUCCUUCAUCAUUCCUAUAUUAGUAGCUGCAUCUGCGUAUGGAGCAUCGAACGGAACUGCACUCAUCGCCUCAAGGUUACCCUUCGUAGCUGCUCGACAGGGCCAUUCAAUCGAAUUGAUGUCUUAUGUUCAAGUGAAACGUUUGACUCCUGCACCUGCUCUCAUCUUCAAUGGUAUGGUCGUCUUCCUAAUGAUAAGCGCAGGAAACAUUGGAAGCUUAAUCGAUUUCUUCAGUUUUGUCGCCUGGAUGUUCUACGGUGGUACAAUGUUUACUGUCAUAGUUCUGAGAUUUACUGAAAAGGAUUUACCUCGUCCCUACAGAGUGCCUACAAUCAUACCUCUUGUGAUGGCCGUAGUGGCAGCGUAUUUGGUGUUGGCCCCUAUUAUUGAAGAUCCAAGAUUAGAGUAUUUCUAUGCGCUGCUCUUCCUCUGCUCUGGCUUCCUCUUCUAUAUUCCUUUCGUUCACUUUGACAUCAGACUCAAAAUGAUGAAAAAUUUCACACAUUUUGUGCAGCUAGCUGUGAAUUGUGCCCCUCAAAACUGAAUGAAGAUAAGUGUGAAACGGUGCCCUUAAAAAACUCAUUAUGCAAUAUUUAUGACUUGGACAUAACAGAUUAUUGCUUCUUUUGGAACACGUAAGAUAACGCUAAACCAUGGAAGAAACUUUUCAUGGGCAAAUUCUGUUUCACUUGCAAUAAUGUUUUAAAAUUUAAAUGGUAAAGUCUUCCGAUGAUCGAAAUGAAACAAAUUGUGGCAGGAUAAUAGUGUUAUCUGACCAUAAUCUAUUUGCAUUUUUAUAUUCAAAUUUUUUUUUUUAACAUUUAACACUUUCAUGACCUACUCUGGGUGUACCUGAAUACAGAUAUUUUUUCUUCUUCCUUAAAUUGCUUAUGUCAUGAAAUGGUGUUCUACUGAAGAUUCUUGAUCUUUCAAGAAAGAAAUAAUUUUAAUGGUACAGUCAAACAAAAUAUGAAUGGUCUUAUAUUUAGAUUUUGUCAAGCGUCUAAUAAGGGUGGUUAUUUAUUAUGUAAGGUACAAAGAAUUAGUUAAAAUAAUUUUGCUCAAUGAACCUUUUGACGAAUCAUCUGCGUCAAAGAAAGUAUCUUAUUCAGGUUUGAAAGAUGAAACAUAUUUACAUGAAAUAUUUAACAUAUUACCACUUAAAUUGGAACUGAUAUAAUUUUCAAACAUUUGUUGCUUUGAUACUUUUUAUACGAAUACUUUUUAUAUUAAAAUAAAUAUUUUUUAUAUGAAUGCAAAGUAACCAAGUUCAUUUUAACAGAAUGAGUGAUUAAAGAGAGAGUGUUUUUUUUUACGAACUCUCGCAACUUAAAAUUUUAUUUUUAGGGUAGAAAUUUUUCAUUGCCUUAAAAGAGAUAAAAUAUACAGUUAAAAGAGCCAAGAAAUUAAAAUAUUAAUGAUUUCCACGUAUUAGACAAAUAGGGUGCAGCAUUAAGGUUUUCGAUGAUGUAGUAGCUCUCCCAUCGAGGCUAACUACAUAAUGGAUGAUAUGAAGUGAAGAAGAUAUAUCAAACCUAUGAUCAGAAGUCCAACAAUGUUUCGGUAUUGUUGAGUGGUAGAGUUCUGAACAAACAAACCAGACAAGACUUCAACCAUCGGCUCAAAGAGAAUCAAGACUACAUCAACAACCAAUAUCUCCACAGUUCAUCUAUCCCCAAACAUUGCUGAACAGAAGAUAGGAUAUUUCUUUUUAACUUCAUAUCAUACAUAACUUCAGUAGUGGAUUUUUGGAAGUCAAAACUAUUUGAGAAUAACCUUACUGAUUCUUUGUAUAACAUUUGGAAAUAAUUAAUAUUAAUUUUUUAUCUCUUUUUAUCAUGAUAUAACCUGUGUCGGGUUUUAAUCGUAUCUGUUUUUGCCUACAGAUGAAGGGGUACCAUUGCGUAUAGGUUUUUAAUAACUAUGUGUGAUCUUAAAACGUUUUUAAUGAAAUGUAAGCUCUAUGUAAAAACUAAACACGCAAUAUUGCGUAAUUUGUGACAGUGAUCAUCAUUUAAGAUCUGAUUUCUAGAAGUUUGAAUAAGAAGUUAUUAAUAUAUACUGGUGAAAACAAUUGAAGGGACAUUUUUUUUUUGCAAUAAAACAAAACCAGACAAAAAUAUCUGAUAUGAGACCAAUAUAUCAGAAUACAGAAAUGGAUAAAACAUGCAUCCUAAAUUAGAAAACUGGUCACUUGUGCAGCACAGAAAGCUGCCCGACACUUAUCAGUCAGAGAAACGCAUGUCGCCUCUAACAGCUCUAGCAUUGAAGUUUCAUACAGUCCUUAUCAAUCCCUGUGGCAGUUGUUAGAGCUGCAAUUAAGCACUUCCCGUGCAUGUUUGACGGGAUGAAGGACAGGAGACAAUCGUUCAAUAUCUUCAUAUUGGAGGUAUUCGUCCAACAAUUGAGCCCUGUGUGGAUGGUAGUUAUCGUCCAUAAAGAUGAAAUUAGGUCUAUAGGCCGUGUGUCUCACAUAAGGUGCGAGGAUCUCGUCGCUGUGGCACUAACCUGUCAGUGUACCUCUAUUGAAGGUCGGUGUGCCCCGUCUGCCAUGAUGCCUGCCCAAACCAUUUGACCACCUCGACCAUGGUGGUCCUUUUCAAUAUAAUGAUAGAGGGUAUAUUUUCAAUAUAAUGAUAUCUUAGAGGGCCGACAUAGACUCCAGAGUUCUUCCAGAUGAGAACACGUCUCGAAUCGCCAUACAGGUUAUAGAUUACUACAAGGCAUCUGGCACAAGCCACCUGCAUUACAUCCGGGCGACUGUUAUCCGUGAAAUGGAGGUAUUCCUGUUGCAGUUAUACAGACUGCGGACCUAUCCCUUUCGUGGCCUUGACCAGACCACUGUUUUCACAGAGAGGACACUACAUUUCUCCCAGUACCAACUGCCUUAUGACGCAAUAGGCCACUGCAUGGUAGAGGUAUCCGCGAAGAGCUAUCAUCUGAUACCUUUUUUUACAUAUAGGUGCUACUUUUCUUUUCCUUAAAAAAAAAAAAAAAAAAAAAAAAAAUUUCCUUCCUUCAUUUGUUUUCAGCAGUAUAAAAAGUUGUAUUUUUAUUUUUAAAAUCUUGAAUCUCAUUUUAUUUUGAAAUUAUUUGUAAGCAUCGCUGCAUAUUAUUAUUAAUGUAUGCAAUAAAAGAACUAUUGAACUGGACUGAAAAAAUGUGUACAGUAGUUAUUUCUUUUAUGCUGCUAUUGUUAAGGAAGCGUGUUUUAUGUACUAUAAUGAACGCAAAAUAUUUUUACACUGUUUAAUAAAUUUGUUAUUUGAA